AUGAGCGAAGACGCGAGCAAACGCACCAAGCCCGACUCCCAGGGCGACUGCGAGUCCCCCCUCCAAAAGAAGAUCAAGAAGGAGCAUUACAACUAUGAGAAUCACUCCAAGGGGUUCCUGAUUGGCAAGGCAACCUACGCGCAGCAGUACUGCGAAAUUUACAGCUCGAGGACGAAGACGAUGAAGGGGUUGCUGGUGAGGACAGUGGAACGACUAGGCCAAGGGAGCGGAUGGGCGAAUGGUCACGUAAGCGGCGAGCUAAACGGUCAGGUAAAUGGUCACGUAAAUGGCCACCUGAAUGGCCAGCUAAACGGCCAGCUAAACGGUCAGCUAAACGGUCAGAUCAAGAGAGAGCUGGGGGACGAAGUUAAGGGAGAAGGUGGCCAAGAGUACCAACUGCUGCACUACCUAAAGGAGAUUAAGACGGACGAAAAAUGCUACUGCAUAGGCACGCUGUUCAAAAAAAUGGAGCUGCGGCCCUCCAUCCUAAACGAAUACAUCAGUGAAAUCAGCGAGGCGGAACACAUCGUGAUGAACUUCUCGCAUAACGAAGAUCUCUUAUUUCUGGAGGACGAAACGGCAAGGUUAAAGUUGGAAGGAAAUAUAAACAGCGAUCAUUAUGUGACGGGGCUUACAGUCAUUAUAAAAGGGACGGGCAUGAGCAAUGGCUCCCUAUAUGUGGACGAGGUCAUUUAUGCCUAUGUGCCAAAGUUAGAAGUUCCUAGGUGUAUUAGCGAUGACGAUAAAUAUGUCCUGUUCGUCUCGGGGCUGUACAUAAGUGACCGAAGCGAAAAAAGACAUAACAUCUCCUUAUUGAAGAAUUUCAUUUUGGGAUUACAUGGAGAUAAACACUUAUCCGAGAAGCUAAUCAGAGUAGUCCUUGUUGGUAACUGUCUUCGCAAUGUUGAUAGCGAUGAGGAAGACAUGAAUGCCAUCGACACGUUCCUUUCUUCUCUCUGUCCAGCUGUGUAUGUCGAUUUAAUGCCUGGUGAGAAGGACCCCAGUGAUGCCAUUCUGCCGCAACAACCUUUUCCUAGCUUAUUUUUUAAGACUGCCAGAAGUAACACCUCCUUUCAGUGCGUCACUAACCCGUAUCUUUUCUCCAUCGACAAUGUAAACAUAUGUUGUAUGUCCGGUGAAUCUGUUACCAAUAUAGUGUCUUACUCAAAAAAUGGUCCAGUGGAUGCUCUCAAAAUGAUUGCGAAGAGUCGUAUUUUAUCUCCUACUUGUCCAGACACUCUGGGGUGCUAUCCGUUCCUAGAGAAGGACCCCUUUUGUUUACUGGACGAUGAGAAGUACCCCCACAUUUUUGUUAAUGGGAAUUGCGAGGAGCUCGAGGUGCAGCAUAUACACGGCGAGAAGACGCUUCCCCUGCUGGUGUGCCUGCCGAGCUUCGACAUCACCCCCAAGGCGCUGCUCGUCAACAUCAGGAAUAUGCAGCACGUAACGUUGACCUUUGAGGUGGCGAAGUAG